ACCACCCUAGCUCUCCCUCACCCUAUAUACUAGUUCAAGCGGUAGAGCAGCAGCUUGUUGUUUCAGUCCCAAAGUUUGAAACUUGUUGAUCAGCUCGGCUACUAGCUCCCUACUUUUAUAAGAACAUAAUGUAUAAUAUCAGACAUACGUCUACACUGCCACUCGUUAUCUUGGCUUCCACAGCCCUCGUCUUACUCACAUUCUUCCUUCUCUUAGGCAACCCAAAUUCAUCUUCGUCCACAGCAGUCGCAACGAGGACUCCGCAUAUUCACGUUCACAAAAACAUCCAAAUAGCACAAUCCCAUUGCGAAGGAACACUUCACCCGGAACUUUGUGUUUCCACUCUCUCCUCAUUCCCAAAUCUCCACCGUAAAUCCAUUGCAGAGAUCAUCUCUUCCACUGUAAAAGUUGCAGUGGGCGAGGUCAGAGACUCCGCCCACAACUGCAGCGACCUUCGUCGGAAUGUCCCCAAACUGGAACCUAUUGAAAAACGAGCACUCCAAGACUGUGUUGAACUCUUAGGAGAAACUAUUGCUGAGCUCAGAACAGCCCUCACUGAUCUUUCCCCAAAGAAAUCUGCUUCUAAGCACUACAAUGACAUCCAAACACUUCUCAGUGCCGCAAUGACCAAUGAGGAUACUUGCCUCGAUGGACUUUUCUACUGUACAAAGAAUAACUUAACCCGUUACGUGGAGGACAAUCUGCAUACAAUCGCUCACCAUGUCAGCAACUCCCUCGCCAUGCUCAACAAGAUUAAGAGAACAUCAGUAUCGUCUUCUGAAGAAGUUUUUCCGGAGUACGGGGCUGUGAAGAAUGGGUUCCCGAACUGGUUGAAGAGGCGGGAGAGAGCACUUUUGCAAACUCCAGUAAGCCAGACAAAGCUCGAUUUGGUAGUGGCAAAGGAUGGUAGUGGUAAUUUCACGACUAUCAAUGAGGCCUUAAGUGCAGCACCAAACUCUAGUAGCACAAGAUUCGUUAUAUAUAUUAAGGAGGGAUCUUACUUUGAAUACGUUGAGGUAGACAAGAAGAAAACCAUGAUUAUGUUUGUCGGAGAUGGCAUCGGAAAAACAAAGAUAAAGGGUAACCGGAAUCAUGUCGAUGGAUGGACUACUUUCCGAUCUGCCACUGUUGCCGUGGUGGGAAAAGGAUUCUUAGCAAAAGGCAUCACUUUUGAAAACUAUGCGGGACCAAGCAAGCACCAAGCAGUAGCUCUUCGGAGUAGCUCAGACUUAUCUGCUUUCUACCAAUGCAGCUUUGUUGCGUACCAAGACACCCUCUACGUCCAUUCCCUUCGUCAAUUUUAUCGCGACUGUGACGUUUAUGGAACAGUCGACUUCAUCUUUGGUAACGCAGCUGUAGUUCUCCAGAACUGUAACUUAUACGCUCGUAAACCAGACCCAAAUCAGAAGAACCUAUUCACUGCCCAAGGAAGAGAAGAUCCGAACCAGAAUACUGGGAUUUCAAUCCUGAACUGCAAAGUAGAAGCUGCUGCUGAUUUAAUUCCUGUUCAAUCAUCAUUCAAGAAUUAUCUAGGACGUCCCUGGAAAGAAUAUUCAAGAACUGUCGUUCUUCAGUCAUACAUUGGCAGCUUAAUAGAGCCUGCUGGAUGGCUGGAAUGGAAUGGUGAUUUUGCAUUAAAGACACUUUACUAUGGGGAAUACAUGAACAGAGGACCAGGUUCAAGUACUAGUGCUAGAGUGAAAUGGCCUGGUUAUAGAGUCAUCAACAGUUCCAUCGAGGCCAGUCAAUUCACAGUUGGAAAUUUCAUUCAGGGAGGAGAAUGGCUACCACCUACAGGCUUUCCUUUUUAUCUUAACUUAACUUCCUCCUAAUAGUUUCUCUUACAAUUUUAUAGAUGCUAGCGACAGGAUUGUUUUCUAGUGAACGGAUUAAUUCUCCCUUUGAGGAGUGUGAAAUCAAGUCGAUAGCCUGUAUUCUUGGGGAAGUUCAUGUCAUUUGUAGUAGUAUUACUUAUUCACAGGAAAUGAUCUGAAAUUCUACAUAUUAUUUCAAAAAAAGAUUCUCAGCUAUUAUGAACUCUACUCAAGAAUUGGGCCUGGAGGAGCAUGAAGAUCA